CAUUGCUGAGCUUCAGUCACACGCACCAUGAAGAACUUUACCUUGAUAACAGCUUUAAGUCUCUGCAGCUUCAUUUCAGGCUUGAUGUCGGUCUCAGUGUCAGAGUUUAAAACUGUGGAGGUCCAGGCUGGUGGAGAAGUCACACUGCAGUCUGCCAAAAUGUCCAAUUAUGAUUCUGUGAUUUUCUGGUUCAGACUGGUGAACAGAUCCAAGGCCAGCUGCAUCUCUGUCAUGAUCAACUCUGGUCAAAAUGUGUCAUACUAUGAGGGAUUUCGAAAUGAAAAAUUUGAAAUGAGAACCAACAUCACCACUGUCUCUCUCAAAAUCCAAAAAGUGGAUUUAUCUGACUCUGGAAUAUAUUUCUGUGUAUUUUACCAAAGUGGGCGUCCUCAGUUCAGUGUGAUACAUUUAAAUGUUAAAGGCAGCGGUGAACCAAAUGAUGACGGGGACAACAAGUGUAAAAUGUCAGAGUGUCAGACUGUGGAGGUCCAGGCUGGUGGAAAAGUCACACUGCAGUCUGCCAACAUGUCCCAUUAUGAUUCUACAACAUUCUGGUUCAGACUGGUGAACACAUCCAAGGCCAGCUGCAUCUCUGUCAUGUCCGACUCUGCGUCUGACGGAAUGACACAUCUGUCGACUGUGAUCCUGGCCGGUCUGACUGUUUUCCUUGUAAUGGUCAUCAUCGGUCUGGCUGUCAGGAACAGGAAGCUUCAGACAGGCUACAUGUUUAAGACACGACAGAUCUAA